AAUUUGUCCCUCGAUCUUUUUAUAAACAAACAUCUUUCUCACCUCUGUUAUUCUGUUCUGCUGCACAAGAAUCUUGUUCAUUGUUUGUUAGCCAUGGAAGACCGCAAGGAGAAGCAUGCUCCAUGGCUGUCUGUGCCACAGUUUGGGGAUUGGGAUCAAAAGGGGGCGAUGCCCGAUUACUCUAUGGAUUUCUCGAAAAUUAGAGAAAUGAGGAAGCAGAACAAGAGGGAUCCAUCGAGGGCUAGUCUAGGGAAUGAAGAGGAGAUUGUUUCAUCGAACACAAGAGAUUCAAACACCACGCCAAACAACCAACAUGUCUACGAUCGGAGCCACUCUCCAAUGCAGACAAGGAGGAGCAUCCUCAGGCUCAGGUGCUUCAAUUGCUGCAUCAAAGCAUGAUCACAUAACAAUGCAUUCAUCAAAUCGAGCUGUAUUCUUCGUAUAGUGAGUCUUACCCCCCCCCCCCCCCCACCCCACUUCUCUCUCUCUCUCUAUAUAUAUGUGUGGGUGCUUAGGAUGCCCUUUUGAUGCUGAUGUAUUGAUCGAGAAUUGUAUGGUACUAUGGUUAUAAUUUGGAAUGUUCUUGGUGUUAUUAGGUUAGGAUUUUGUUUCAAUGUAAAAUAAAUUGUGGUGUUUUUGGGCAUAUAGAUAUAUUUUUAUUGUAAAUUAUGGAGUGUGAAAAAUAUAAGGGAAACAUACAUCAAGAAA